AUGGUGCAUGUGCAUUAUGUUGUUUUGGAUGUGAAGGAUGUUGCAAGUAAGAAACGUAAAAUUGAAAACAACCUGGAUGUCAGUCAUUCAUCUGAGAAACUAAACAGAGAAAAUGUCUUCAGUAAGACUGGCAUUCCUAAGCCCAUAAAUAUUGUCCACACUGAAAAAGUUAAAGAGACAAAUUUUUCAUUUAGCAGUAAGAAACAAGCAUGUUUUGAAGUAAGAGAGAAAGAUGUUAAUUCUGUAAAUAUGAAACCGGAAAGUGAAAAUGUAUCUGAACCAUUAUUAAGCGAUAUUUCUGGUUUUAAUAAGUUUGAUAUAAAGGUAAAUAUAGAAAAGUUUCAUAAAUCAAUGAAAUAUUCGGAGAUAAAGAAGUUCCUGCAAAAUUUUCAGCCGAAAACUUUAUGAUCCUAUCACCUGUACCAAAGCAGUUACAAAACUUGACUCAGAUAGAAGAGAUGCUUAUUGCCCGAGCAUUGCCCAUAAUGAAGGGUAUCUUAAAUCUGGUGGACAACGAGGUUAUUCGGGACAUUGCAUUAAUAUGCCUCAAAAAGUUGGUGAAUUGGCUAAAACCUUCCCUACUAUCCAAAAGAGUUACCCUUAACAGAAACAAGAACUAAAGGUAAGGGAGGUACUUUUAAGGAUGUAACUGUUAGAAGAGCCCAAGUUGAAGAAGCAUUAUACUGGUUAAUUGAAAAUAAUCCUCAUUACAAAGAUCUCAAAAUUAACAUGCAUAUGCUUUAAGUUCUUUACCAGAACAUGGUAUUCCAAAUGAUCUUAAAGUUAUAGAAUCAGUGAAUGAAGAUGUAAGAAGUGACAAUGAUAUAGGUGAAGAUUCUAGCAUUGAUUACGAAGAAAUUGUAUACAACAAAUCUACAGAAACAAGUAGUGUUAUCCCUGAUAUCGGGAAUGAUCUGUUACAGUGUGAAGCAAUUAGAACUGCAUUGUUAAAUAAUAAAAUUGAUUGGCCUGAACUAGAGGAAAAGCCAUUGAAUGAAUGA